AUGACAAAUGAUGCACCAUCAAAUGAAUGGUCCAUGAUAUGGAAGACGCGCUUUAGUCACCUAGGCUAUCACUCAGUAGACGUUGCUAUGGGUAUACCAAAAGAAGAAAAGGAACCCUUGAGGAUAUUAAAGACUUGUUACGAUGAGUUGCAUCAAGCCACAUCAGAGCUUUCAUUUUUUCCACCUAUAUUGAUCAGUCGUGGUGAGAGUGCAUGGAAGAUUGCACAAAAGUAUGUAUCGAAUAAGCCAGUGUCUGGAUUAGUGCUUUUACCAGGCAAAGAGGAUGAAAUGAGAUUACCAUCGAGUCAAUUUGAACCACAGUUUCCUAUUUUGUUUGUUGGAAUGAAUCAAGCAACUAGACCGCCCGAAUUCUUGGAUGGUUGGAUUGAUCAAGUGAAGCUAGAUGAUGUCAACAAUGAAUUUCAAGAAGUGAUGAAUUGGAUGGAUGACAUUGGUAUGUGA